AUGAAGUCUAUAAUCUUCUCGUGCUUUCUCAUCUCUGUGGCCACAUCCAAGCGCUACCUACCCUCCGAGCAGAUCGAUGUCCAGUCCAGUCUUCUUUCUGACCCUACCCAUGUCGCCGGCAAGACUGUUGACUAUAUAAUUGCGGGAGGUGGUUUGACAGGACUGACUAUUGCCGCCAAGCUGACUGAGGACCCCAGAAUCAAGGUCCUGGUCAUCGAAAACGGCUUUUACGAGUCCACCGAUGGAGAUAUCAUCGAGGAUCUGAACGACUACGGAGACAUUUUUGGCACCACUGUUGAUCACGCCUAUGAAAUUGUCCCUCACCCCAUCAAUAAUCGCACCGAGAAUGUCCGAUCUGGCAAUGGUCUUGGAGGAUCAACUUUGAUCAAUGGUGGCUCUUGGACACGUCCCCACAAAGCUCAGAUCGAUUCUUGGGAGAGAGUGUUUGGCAACAAGGGCUGGAACUGGGAUAACAUGUUACCAUACAUGCAGAAGGUCGAGAUCGCUCGUCCUCCAAGUGAUGUUGAGAUUGCCGCUGGCCACUAUUAUAACUCUACCUGCCACGGAACGAAUGGCACUGUUCAUGCUGGUCCCCGAAACAACGGAGAGCCCUAUUCCCCAAUAAUCAAGACAUUGAUGGAUACUGCCAAGGGACGUGGUGUUCCUACCCAGCUGGACCUCCACUGCGGUAUUCCUCGUGGUGUUUCUAUGAUUCCCAAUGGGCUACACGAGGACCAGAUUCGCUCGGAUGCUGCACGUGAAUGGCUUCUGCCCAACUACAAGCGCCCGAAUCUACAAGUCUUGACGGGACAGUUUGUUGGAAAAGUCCUCAUCAAUCAAACCGCCACAUCUGGCGCUGUUUCUAGUCACAAGGCCGUUGGUGUAAACUUUGGCACCAACAAGAAUGUCAACUUUAAUGUAUACGCCACGCACGAGGUAUUGCUAGCUUCCGGCUCUGCUGUCUCCCCCCGAAUCCUAGAAUACUCAGGCAUUGGCUUGAAAUCUGUGCUCGAUGCUGCCGGUAUUCAGCAACUUGUUGACCUCCCUGUCGGUCUCAACAUGCAGGACCAGACAACCACUACCGUGACCUCCCGUACCAAAUCUUCCGGUAAUGGUCAAGGUCAAGCCGUCUACUUUGCUACUUUCAACGAGACGUUUGGGGACUACGCUCCUCAGGCCCACAAGUUACUUAAUACCAAGUUACACCAGUGGGCCACCGAAACGGUGGCGCGCGGUGGUUUCCAUAAUGUGACUGCUCUUGAGGUCCAGUACCAGAAUUACCGUGAUUGGUUGGUCAAUGAAGAAGUUGCCUAUACGGAACUGUUCCUGGAUACUUCUGGCAAGAUCAACUUUGACUUAUGGGAUCUGAUCCCAUUCACCCGUGGUUCUGUGCAUAUUGAGGGGAAAGACCCCUACCUGCGACGCUUUUCCUACGACCCCAAAUUCUUCAUGAACGAUCUGGAUCUUCUUGGCCAAGCCGCUGGAUCCAAGCUCGCACGCGAAAUCUCCAACACUGGCGGUAUGCAGACCUACUUUGAUGGCGAGACUACACCUGGCGACAACUUGGAAUAUAAUGCCAACUUGGACCAGUGGGUGGAUUAUGUCAAGCAGAACUUCCGCGCCAACUGGCAUGCUGUGGGCACCUGCUCGAUGAUGGCAAAGGAGCUUGGUGGAGUUGUUGAUUCUGAGGCUCGAGUGUAUGGUGUUGAGGGCCUUCGCGUGGUUGAUGGCUCAAUCCCGCCGACUCAAGUGUCCUCCCAUGUCAUGACUAUCUUCUACGCCAUGGCUUUGAAGAUUUCCGAUGCCGUUCUGGCCGACUUCCAUGCUAAGUCUUCGAAGAACUGA